UGUAUCGCGCAUAGAGGAUGAGGGGAAGCGUGCUGCUCCCAGCUCGAGCUCGGAAAAUGGAGCGAGCCCCAACGCCCGCAUGAAAAGAAGACAUUUAAAAAGUAUUUUGUGUGUUGUUUUAUCAAUUAUUCUUACUCGCCAGAAGCCAUUUGGACUAUGCACCGAGCUUUCUCCUUCCCGGUGACGGCGGAACGCAGCCGGACCAAGGAGCGCCUGGAGGCCAGUCUUGCAGGCUUGUGCGAGCUGGAGCUCCGCAAGCAGCGGCAAGAGGGGCUGGUGCUCGGGGCGCUGGCUCUGGGCGACCCCCGGCCUCCGCGGGAGCCCCCCGCCACGGGGGACGUGUCCCGCUUCAGCUGCUGGGGCCAGGAUAACCUGACACUGAGGCGCCAGCUGAGUGCUCUCCAGAGUUCGCCGUGGGGUCUCAUGCAGGCGCUGGAGCAGCAGGUGGGAGAGCUGCGCGUCGACACCGACCACCAAGACGCCGCUCAAGGAGACACAGGUGACAGUCCACCGAGUUCAGGCUUCUAUGAGUCAAGUGAAGGUCAGUCGCCUAAAGGGAGAACUUGUUCCACGGAGCCCGCAGAGAUGCUCUCUUCCUGGCCUUACACCAACGAAAGGCCCAAGUCUGUGGGAGACCCCCUCAUGUUGAACGGAGAAUCAGACAAGGCAGUUCCUCAAAGUGGUCUGCCGCGCUCAUUCUCUGCCCCGCACCCGCCUCUGGAGGGCAUCGCCGAGGAAGGCACACCGGCCGAGUCGUGGAGGCUGCAACCUACCCAAGCGGUGCAGCCUGGGGAUCUCGUCGCAGAGGAGGACUACCAGCAGGCCAUGAGAGUGGAAGGUUACAUACUUCAUCUUGUCCAGCGUCACACCCUUUCCCCACGGCCGUGUCAGCCUCGUACUACCCUUAGCCCUGACCCGGCAUACAGCUUUACCCCUGCACACGCCCCCCUACACAGGAAAAGCCCCUCUCUUUCCACAGAGCACGCUCAUCCAGGCCCUCAAGUUGACCUUUCGUCCAACCCAAAGAGCGCGACUUGGGGUUGUGACCUUCCAGAGGGUGAGGCCUGUGGAGGAGAGGCCCCAUCUUUGGAAGAGGAGCGUUAUUUGAUGCUGCCCUACCCCCAGUGUAGACCACACUCCCUGACUGGGAGGUUACCAUCACCUCUGCCCUCCCUGGACCCCAACUGCGGUGCCGGAGCGCUUAACCUUUGUUGUGACCCCUCAACCCCCCAGCAUUGUCCGCAGCCCCCAAUCAAUCACAAGCACAAUCUAGUAAGUGCUCAAUACAUCCCAGGGCAGACCUUUCAUGCCCCGGUACGCUCCCCGAGACACUUCAACCCAACGCAGUCCAAAGCCCACCAGCCCUCUCCUGACCACCACAAUGCCAAGUCCAGAAACUCAAGGAAAGGCCACAACGAAAAACAGAGGUCUAAAAAGUCGAGCACUAAAGCCAGUCGGUCGCAGUCAGAGAACAGCCUCCUAGGCCAACGGGUGGUGCCCGAGCGAAGGUACAGCACCACCGAGAGGCAUCAAGGCAGAGGCGAUCAGGCCCAAGGCCAAGUUGCUAAGAUUCACGUAGGAAACAACAGCGACAAAGCAAACCGGCGCUGGUAUUCCAACCUGGAAUUGAGUCAAGACGAAGGGGAAAACCACAUGGAGCAAGGCCAUAGGAGGCCACCUCGAAAAGCUCGCCAUGGUCACAGUGGUCAUCAUCAGCAGCACCAUCAUCAUCCGCAGCACCAUUCCCAGCGCUGGCACGCAGACUUCCAGCACCGAGCGCCACUUUGCCAAGGAGAGGACGCUUACGUGGGAGCUGCCCCUGCAGAGUCCUCGUCCAGUAUGAGCGAGGUGUACUCGCCGGCCUCCAGCUCGCUCUCCAGCGACUCGGAUGAGAGCGGCGGGCUCGUGUGGCCCCAGCAGCUGCCGCCUCGCCUCGCCACCACAUCCUCUUCGUCCUCACCCUCGGCGCAGGCCGCCGCCGCCAACCCACCCACGCAGCCAAAGGCCUUUGUCAAGAUUAAAGCCUCCCACGCCCUCAAGAAGAAGAUCCUCAGAUUCCGCUCAGGAUCCCUCAAAGUCAUGACCACCGUGUGAAUUGGUUUCAGAACCAAUCAUCACUGUCGGUUGCGGCUUUUCUGGUCUCCUCGCUGUGUAAUUAAAGGCCGACACGUCACGGUCGCUUGUGGGAAGCAUCCGCAUCGAAAAUGAUGCCCUCCAUCUUCCCCUAAAUGACGUUAAUUGACAGGAAGCCAAAUUACACAAUGUUGACAAGGACCGCGUUGUUGCCAGCUGAUGUCCAAAGGAAUUAUUAUUAAUGACUCAUCCAUUCAUGCUUCAUAAAUUGCCUGUGUGCGGUAGGUUGCGACAAAAAAUAUUGUAACGACAAAUAAAAUGCCAUGCAAAAGUCUCGGCCCACCACUAGCUGUUUUUAAAUCAGUACGUAAUUGGACGAAUACACCACUCCACCCAAAAUCUAUUGCCCCAAAACUAUGUGCAUUGACCCAGACAGAAACCAUAAAACUUUGAUGGGGAUCUGGAUAAGGCUGCGGAUCCAGGAAUUUAUCUUCAGUGCUCGGGUCGGGAGACAGGGGGUGGGGUAGGUGGGGUGGUCUGUCUGUUUAUCAUCCUCCAUUAACCAGGAAGUCGCUUGUUAACUAAUCGGCGGACAAGCACAAAUAGACACAAGGGGUUGACUGGGUCGGGUGAUUAUGACACUGAUAGAACAUGACACGGGGAGGACAGGCUGAGACUUUUGCACAGUACUGUACAAAAUGGCUUCAAGGCUUGGCAAACGUUGUCUUUUGAAGUCAUACAUACCGUAAAUCUUGACAACAACUUCACUAAAAGCCUGAAAAUAUACUCAGUGGUUUGACUCAAAACAGCACAUUUAUUAUCGCAUUAAACCAGGGCUUGUGUGAAAUAAUAAUUAUUAUUUUUUUGCGUGUUUGCAUUUUGUUCACUCACAAAUUAUGGUCAGGACAUGAAAGCCGAAGCAGCCUGUAUUUCGUGGUAAUGUCCUCAUGAGAAUUUACGAGGUUUUGAUCUCAGCUGCACGGCACAGAGGACUGGUGAGUCCAUUCGUCUCACGGUUAUGAGGUUGGAGGGGGGUUGAGUCCAGCUUCCAGCCUUCCUGUGCUCGCCUGGGUUUUCUCAAGGUACUCAAGCUUCCUCCCGCAUUGCAAAAACAUGCUAGGUUGACUGAAGCCUCUAAAACAGGGGUGCUCAAUGCGUCGAUCGCGAUCGACCGGUCGAUCACGAGGCAUUUUUGCUGACCUUUAGCUAAUAUUUGGGGGGAUGUGGUGCUGAUGAUUUAUGCAAGGAUUCUGACACUCGUGUUACUGGAGAAUGACAAUAUACUGUUUCAAGGGACUGUUGGGCUUCGAACUACGUUCUGCUGCGAACUUGUGGAUCUCGCUGUGAUGACUGGCGCAAUUUGUUAUUAGCUGGUGUUGGAACUCGCCAGUCUUCAUAGCAGAAGUCAUUUAAAAGCCAUUACUGCUGUGACUAAAACACAGAGAAACGCACGGUAUUGUAAAUAUGUAAUUGAGUGUAUAUCCAUAAUGUGGCCUUGUUUGGAAUGAAUGUAGUUUUUAAUUAAAAAAAAAAACCUAAAGUUUUGGCCUUUGGUAUGUUGACAUGUGUGAUUAUUCUUUAUGUUAUUUCACGUCCGGUUACAUUAUGUUAUGCUUAUGUAUUUAUGUAAUGUGUAUUGUCA